AUCAAGUCUUUCUCACUGGAUAGCAAUAUGGCCACAAAACUACCAUCUCAAGAGGAAUUUAAGAACUGGACAGCUUUUCAAGUUGCAGAUCUCCUAAAACAGUUUGGAAUGCCUGAAUCUGCUUUGAUUGUAGAAAAAUUGGGGAUGAAUGGAUCUCAUUUCUUGAAUGUAUCAGAUUAUGAGCUGAGCCAAUUCAAAAUAAUGCACCAGCCGAAGCUUCAAAAGAUGGUGCAUGACAUCAAGAAAAAUGAAAGUGGGAUAAUAAACAAGUUCAAAAAGUUCCAAAAUGAACAAGUGGCCUUUAUUUGCAAAACUGGGAAAGAUACUUGGGAUCGGCUAAAAAACAGACCUCCACCAAGUCUACCACGGAGGGAUUAUGCUUCAGAACAUGCAGACAAUGAAGAGGAACAAUGGUCAGAUGAUUUUGACAGUGAUUAUGAAAAUCCAGAUGACCAUUCUGACUCUGAGAUGUAUGUGGUCCCCAGUGAAGAGAAUCCUGAUGACAGCUAUGAACCACCUCCAAGUGAGCAGGAGAAAAAAAAGAUUCCUUCUGCACUCCCUAUUUCUAGGGGUGAAUAUGCAGACAAUCGCACCAAUCACCAGCAGCUUCCUCCCGUCAACAGAACUCUCCCAAGUAAACCCAGUCCAGCCACACCCAGACCAAAGAAACCACCUCUGCCAUCCCUGCCAUUGCCAUCUCCUGCAGCAAAACCAAAAGUACCACCAAAGCCUAAGGAGUGUAACGAUGAUGAGGAUAAUUACAUUGUGCCAGUGGACAAUAAUGAUGAUAACUAUAUUGAACCCACAGAAAGCAGUGUGUCACCACCUACAAGAUCUCCCAUGAACAGGUUUAUGAAGACAACAAAGACAGCCCUCUCUACUUCUCCAAAGCCUUCUCUUACUUCUGAUAUGCAAGAAGUCUACGAGGUUCCUGAAGAAGAGGUAAGGCCUUUCUAUAGUUUAUGAUUCACUAGGUUCACCAAGCCACUUCCAUCUAUGCCUGUUCAGAAUAUAGAGCACUCCCACAUGCACAGCACAACCAGAGAGUCACCUAAGCUGGAUACUUCCAGAAAUAUUUUGCCUCUUCCCAGAAAUCGUCUUCAUCCAAAAGCAGACCAUGAAGCAAACAACGAUAGAAAUCAUAGCUUCAAUAACACACAAGAAUCCAGAUUUCCCAUCGGAGCAGCUCCAUCUCCAUUACCAAGGGGCCUAAAGAAAACUUCUAAUGCAGUAAAUUCACUAAAACCAUGUUUACCUUCCAGAGAUAUCUUAACUGCAAAUGAAGAAAAACCUACAGCAGCAGAACGACGAGGUUCCAGCCAAGAGCUUCCACUUCCAUCCAUUCCAAGUGGUGCCCAAAAGCCUUUGCUCCAAAAGCCCUCAAUUCUGCCAAAAGUGCCAGAAGCUGCAAACCGUUCUUUGAAUACCUUCUCUCAUAGCAGAAUUUCACCUAUGUCUAGUAUUGCAGACCAGGAUGCUGCCAUUCAUAGUAAAGCAUGGUACGCUGCUACCUGUGAUAGAAAAACAGCAGAAGAUGCAUUGUACCGAUCAAACAAGGAUGGAUCUUUUCUAGUAAGAAAGAGUUCUGGACAGGAUUCACGGCAGCCAUACACACUGGUUGUGUUUUACAACAGAAGAGUAUACAACAUCCCUAUACGAUUUAUUGAAUCAACAAGACAAUAUGCACUGGGCAGAGAAAAAAGUGGAGAAGAGCGUUUUGACAGCGUUGCUGAAAUAGUAGAGAAUCACCAACAUACCUCCCUGGUUCUAAUUGACAGCCACAACAACACAAAAGACUCAACAAAACUGAAACACAUUGUGAGAGUUUCUUAA